AUGACCAACAUGGAGAUGUUCUACGACACGCUAGGCCUCGUGGGCUCUUUCUUCGUCUCAGCAGCGCUGCUCCCGCAGAUAGUGAAAGUAUUUUGGUCCAAGAGUGCCAAAGACAUCUCGAAAGCCUUCCAAUCCGUUUUUGUCGUCGGCAUCACGUGCAUUACAGUGUACGGCAUGGGCGAGGGUCUGUGGCCCAUCUGGAUCCCCUCGAUACUAGAGCUGCUCGGUGGCAUCAUCCUUCUUGUCAUGAAGCACUACUACGAAUGGUGCGACACUAAGCGCGUUGAAAAAGAGCGAGAAGAGAUGCUUGCAGCGGUCGUUGCCGAGGAGGGCGUGCCGACACCCGCCGCCGCGUAUAUGUCAAUACUUCAACCAAGGUAUCCGUUGCUCGUCCGACCUCCAUCAGCCCCGAACAACACCUCAAACGAAGAGAUGCCGCCGAAGAAUAAAGGAGGAGGCCCGUCAAAGAAGUCGGUCGAGAAGCAGAAGGAUAAAACCCUAGAGGACAAGACUUUCGGCCUCAAAAACAAGAAGAAGAGCAAGAAUGUGCAGAAGUACAUCCAUGAGGUGACCAAGCAGGUCAAAGGCGGCAACACGCGUGCCGACCGCAUGAAAGAGCAGGAGAAUAAGAGAAAGAAGGAUGCCAAGGCGGAGCAGGAAAAUCUCAAGAGUCUUUUUGCCGCUGCCAUCACGCAGCCCAAGGUCCCGCCUGGAACGGACCCCAAAUCGGUGCUCUGUGCCUUCUUUAAAGCGGGCGUGUGCACGAAGGGAAACCGUUGCAAGUUCUCACAUGACUUGAUGGUGGGCAAGAAGGCUGCUAAGAUCGACCUGUACACGGACUCUCGUGCCGAGAAAGAAGAAGAUAAAAUGGACACAUGGGACCAGGAGAAAUUGGAGAAGGUGGUUAACGAGAAACACCACGAGAAGAACACCAAACAGACGGAAAUCGUGUGCAAGCAUUUCUUGGACGCUAUUGAAAAGUCGCUGUACGGAUGGUUCUGGGUGUGCCCGAACGGUGGCACGUCUUGCAAAUACCGCCACGCUCUUCCUCCUGGCUAUGUGUUCAAAACCAAGAAGGAACGUGAGCUCGAAAAGGGCAACAAGGUGAUGGACAUCUCCAUCGAGGAAAUUAUUGAGCAGCAGCGUGCCAAGCUGGGCCCCAACGGUGGUACUCCUGUUACCGAGGAGUCGCUUGCGAAGUGGAAGGCCGAUAAGCUGGCUCGUAAGAAGGUGGAGGAGGCCAAGAAACUCAAGGAGCAGUCGAAGAGGACCGGUGGUCGUGGCAUCAUGAGUGGCCGUGCACUGUUCACAUUCGAUCCGUCGUUGUUCCGCGAUGAUGCAGAUGCUGACGAUGAGGCUUACUCAGUUCACAGUGAUGACGAGGACGAUGAUGAGGAGAAACCUUCACCAGCAGUUGACGCGGCAGCAGCAGUGAUGGACAAGAGUCUGUAUCUGCAAGAUGUGGACGAUCUCGACUCCUUGAAGAAGUGAGCUCGGACUUGAACCACCUUGAGGCGACAUCACGGAGACGAAUUGUGCGUCGUUCCUGGCAAUGCGCUCGUUUUUGCCUCGCUAGCUCGUGUCGUGUCGUGUCCAGGAGACCCGCUGAAAGGCACCUGGAUGGAUGUCUGAUUUGCAACUCUUUGUCCUCUAGCGGACUAAAAAGAAAGUAGAGAAUCGUGCCGGAAAGCAUGUAGACUGACGGAAAAUAUACGUCUGAGUUCCGAGGACGUCUUCAGGCAUCUUCAUCGCGCAGCCCUGCCUCGCUACCUAUUCCAUGGUAUCUUCUUCAUUGUCGCCGCCCUCGUCUUCGGGGCGUCCCCCUUGACUCGCGUCACCAAAAGUUAGGAUCGUCGAGCUGGCAUUCUUCAGGCGCCCGACGAUGCGUUCGGCUCGCUACAAAAUAACGACAAGCAUGAGUUACCCGCAAA